AGUCGGUAAAUUAAUAAUUUCUAUAACUUAAUAAAUUUCGUCGGUUUCAAUUUGAACCGGCGUAAAAUAUGACACAAAUCGAUAAAAUAAUAAGAUAAUAAUAUUUUUAAAAUUUUCAUGUAAAUAUAUAGUUUCGUUAAAAUCAUAAAUUAAUAAUAUAUCUCUAUACAUAUCUCUUAUAUACUAAAGCACAAGUCAUAUUGCCAAUAAGAUUUUGACACAUGGUAUUAAUUUACAAAAACCUAAAAAAUAAUCGAUAAUUUUUUUUUCUUCAUCUCCUAUUUUUCUACAAUUCAAACUGUCUAUCCUAAUUUUUCUCAGAAUUUAAUCCCACGUUUUAGUCCACUUAUCUAUUACCAAACUGCUUUUUGUCAAACUGCUUUCUUUUCUAUAUAACUUGAAAUCAUCGUCAAGUUAUUAUCAAUAAAUUUUUAAUGCAUUUCCUUUGUGUUCAUUUUUUCAGAGUCUCACUUCACCGUACUUAGCCUACGUUGUAUGAGAACCCAAAUACCAAUUAUACUCUGGUGGUGUUCGAGACUAUAAAAGAAAUUAUCAGCAAAGAAGGUAAACAAAGUAUUUCUAAACUUCUUUUCUCUAUAAAUUGUUUUUCAUAGUUGGUUUUAUUUUUUGGUAUGAGUUUUCAUAUAUGUUCUUAUGACUUAUUUUUAGGAAAUCUCUAUUCCCUAUUUGUUACAGAUGGAGAAAACGUAUUUGAAACAAGAUAUUGUAAUCACUAAUAAGAAACAAACACAGAAAUGGAAAAAAAAGGAAUAAAAGAAGUAGCCACUAAAAAUAUAUAAGGGUUUUUGGAGUUUAGAAGAUGAUGAACGUGUUUGAGAAAAAGGUAAAGAAAAAUCUCAAAUGUGUUUUUUUGUAACAUCAGAAUAUGGAUAUUCUUUUUCAUAAUUGUUUCUUUCUGCUGGGUUUCUAAUAACUCUCAAACUAUCAACAAAGUAGGUAUAAAUUUUAAUAAUGUUUUGUUAUAGCUUAUAAUUAUAUCAUUGUUCUAUGAUCAAAAAUACAAAUUUAUGCUUUAUAUGGAAGAUUUAUCUACAUGAAAAAUACAAAGAAUAACGAAUGAAUCACAUAGAGUACUUUAAACUAUAAUUAUAUAUGUUGGUAUAUAUCUUAAAUUUUUAACAUAAAAUGUUCGCUAGCUAUAUAUAUAUAUAUUUCUCAAAAAUACAAGAUAUAUUGUUUUACCGUUUCCAAAAAAAUUUAGGGUGAAUGCAACCACCUCACAUGCCAUUCAUAUCUAUAUUUAUAUAGUAUUAAAUUAAAAUAUACAAUAGUUUAAUUUAUUAAUUAUAAAAUUACAAAUUUAUUAUUUAAUCAUUUGAAGUAUAAUUAUUUUGCUCCAUGCGUAGCAUGGGAAUAACACUAGUUUUAUAUAACUACAAACUAAACAUUAUAUUGUUGUUUUUAUAUUCACAAUGAAAAUACUUUUAUUUUUUAAUAUUUUAAUAUAUUUUAAUAAUAUUUAGUAAAAUUAUAUCGAAAACGACAUAAAAAUUCUAUGAAAACAUAAAAAUAUACACCAAAUAAGAUAAUAAAAUAAUAUGAAAGUUAAUUUUCUAAAAUUUAAAUAAUUUAUAUACGGUAAAAUCAAAUAUAUUUUUUUUUAUUUUGUUAAUAAAAAUAUUUAAAAAUAGAAAAAAAUCUAAAAAAUGAAACUUUUGUAAAUUAGUUACUCUAUAAAUUAAUAAAAUUUUAAAGUUCUAACAUUAUUAAUUUAUAGAGUUUCUACUGUACUAUGAUACUAACCUAGCAAACUGAAGCAACAAAUCCACGCUGAUUGUGCCUUUGGAUAAAACCAAAUCCAGACGUAAUAAACCAGUUGUAAUAAACCAGUUGUUAUAUAUAUAUAUAAUAUAUAUAUGGAUUAUGGGGUACCCUUAUAUGGUAACAAUAUAAAGUCUUACCUUAAACAGACACUCCGAAAGUGGAGAACUGACUUUAUGACAGCGAUGUGCUGACUGUAAGAAUCCCUCCCAAAGAGUCAAAACGGGAAUAUUUAUCCAAAUAUAUUGACCAAAUAUUCAAUUCUUGCACAAUGCCAUUUUCAGACACCAUCCGUAUCUUCUUUUUCUGUAUAAAUAUAUGAACUGCUCUUUGUCUCAUCAAUAAGCAAAGAUCUCUCUCUCUCCUUGUCUCUCCCUCCUUUUGAGAGAUCUAGAGGUUUAAACAAUGGCUGGUGGGUUUGUAGCGUUUAGUGGUGAUUCCCCGGCCUUUCAGGCGAAGAUGACUGUUUACGUCUUCAUCUGUGUCGUUAUCGCCGCUGUUGGUGGUUUGAUCUUUGGUUAUGAUAUUGGAAUCUCUGGUGGAGUAACGGCGAUGGACGAUUUCUUGAUGAAGUUUUUUCCAGCUGUGUACGAGAGGAAGAAGCAAGCGCACGAGGAUAACUACUGCAAGUACGACAACCAGUUCUUGCAGCUCUUCACCUCCUCUCUUUACCUCGCGGCACUCGUGGCCAGCUUCUUCGCCUCUGCCACAUGCUCUAAGCUCGGCAGGAAACCUACAAUGCAGUUAGCUUCUGUCUUCUUCUUGAUCGGCGUUGGCCUUGCCUCCGGAGCUGCUAACAUGUACAUGUUGAUCAUGGGCAGAAUCUUGCUCGGCUUUGGCGUUGGCUUUGGUAAUCAGGCCGUACCGCUUUUCUUAUCAGAGAUAGCUCCAGCUAGGCUUCGUGGAGGUCUCAACAUUGUGUUCCAACUAAUGAUUACAAUAGGAAUCCUUAUCGCCAGCGUAGUCAACUACUUCACCUCUUCUAUUCACCCUUACGGAUGGCGACUGGCCCUCGGUGGCGCGGGGAUUCCUGCCCUCAUCCUCCUCUUCGGAUCACUUCUCAUCUGCGAAACACCGACGAGUCUCAUCGAGCGGAACAAGACCGAGGAAGGCAAGGCAACGCUCAAGAAGAUCAGAGGCGUCGAAGAUGUUGAUGAGGAGUAUCAAUCACUCGUCCAAGCUUGUGAGUUCGCGAGGCAAGUCAAGGACCCUUACAGGAGGCUGAUGAAGCCCGAGAGCCGACCGCCUCUUGUCAUCGGAUUGUUGCUCCAGCUGUUCCAACAGUUCACUGGAAUCAAUGCCAUCAUGUUUUAUGCCCCGGUUUUGUUUCAGACCGUAGGGUUUGGAAAUAAUGCAGCUUUGCUUUCGGCCGUUAUUACAGGAUCUGUCAAUGUUGUCAGCACUUUGGUAGGGAUUUUGUUAGUCGACAGAACCGGUCGGAGAUUUCUCUUGCUCCAGGCUGCAGUCCAAAUGCUCAGUUGCCAGUUGGUCAUUGGAAUCAUUCUAGCCAAGGACCUAGGCGUGAAGGGUACUUUAGGUAAGACAGAAGCCAUGAUAGUGGUCAUCUUGGUGUGCGUUUACGUGAUGGGUUUCGCUUGGUCAUGGGGGCCAUUAGGAUGGCUGAUCCCUAGCGAGACCUUUCCCUUGGAGACACGAACCGAAGGGUACGCAUUGGCAGUGUCGUGCAACAUGUUCUUCACGUUCGUGAUCGCUCAGGCCUUCCUAUCAAUGCUUUGUGCGAUGAAGUCAGGGAUUUUCUUCUUCUUCAGUGCUUGGAUCGUUGUGAUGGGACUCUUUGCUUUGUUCUUCGUGCCAGAGACUAAAGGUGUCUCGAUUGAUGACAUUAAGGAUAGUGUUUGGAAGCGGCAUUGGUACUGGAAGAGGUUUAUGCUUAGAGGAGCAUGAUGUGAAGAAAAGAACAGCUUAAGCUUUUUGAUCAAUCAAACUUAAUUUAUAUCUUUUUUGCUUUUCAAAUGGAUAACAAUGUACACUGAACUAAGAAACAAAAUUUGUUGAUUCUUGUUUUAUACUUGAUUGAUAUGCUUUUCAUGUUUGGUAUCUUUAAUGAAAACUCCAUGACUCUAAUUUUAUGUGUGUUAACUUGUUAGCCACAUGAUGCGAGAAAAGUAUAGUGUUCAUAUAACAGAUGAGACUGUUACCUUAUUAUCAACGACUUAGAUGUCAUUCCAUGCAUUUUAAAAAAAAAAAAAAUUGUGAGAAAACGGUCAUUUUAUACCCAACGAUAUGUUCGAUUCAUAUUCAUCUUAUAUGACUGUGCAAAAUUAUUAUUUAAUAGCUGACGUGGUAUCUUCGUCAACAAAAUUAUUCAUUUUAUAAUAAUCAUAUAAUUUUGCUGCCAUAUCAAAGCAUUUACGAAUAUAUCUCUUAUACAAGAUUAAAUUUUUAUUAUUUAAUUAAUUUUUUAAAUUUUACUAAGUAAUAAAAAUUUAUAAACGCUUACAUUUAAAAAAAAUAUUUUAUAAAAUAACUAUUUUGAUUUAUUUUUAUUUUUAAAAUUAUUGUGCAAGUGUCAUUUUCAUCAGCUAAAAUAGUUGGUGUAACAUCCAAGUCAGUAAAAUUAGAUGAUGUAGCAUCUGAUGUGGCGAAUAAUAUAUGUUUUCGCUUAAAAAAACAAAAUGUAUGUAACUUGAAUUUUUUAAAAGUAUAGAUAUGUUUUUUGCACGGUCAUAUAAGCCGAGUAAGAAUUGAACAUAUCAAGAUAUGUUAGAUAUGAAUUAGCCGCUUUCCCUUAAAAUACUAGAAGGAUGAUUAAAAAUGUUUUGUUUAUAUUUUGGUGGAAUUAAUGGAAUGAAUUCAUCCCAUUCCAUUCAAGAUGAAUGGUUUAUUUCACAUUAUUUCAUUUCAAAAAAUUAUAAUUGAAGUAUUGAGUUUGCAUAAAUAGUAUUCUCAGAAUGGUUUUAGAUGGGGUGCUAGAAAUUUUUUA